CUAGCAGAAAGAUUAGGUAAAUAGUUAUACUUGGAUCACAGAAGAGAAUGAGAUAAUAUAAAACCAAAUGAUAAAUAUGAAAAUUAUAGUAUUAUUUGGAGACCAGGAAGAGAAUUCUUUCUUGAUUCACUUAUGAUUAAAUAUAGAGAUAGAUUUGAUUUAGCAAUAUGGUCAAGUUUAGAUAGAGUUAAAACAGCUGCAUUUGCUAAAUCCUUUUUUGGAAAACAUUUUAGAAAUUUACUUUUUGUUAGUACUUGCAAUUGAGAAUAAUAUGAAGGUACUUAAAAAGAAUAUAGUACUGAACCUAUAAGAAUUGAUAGAGAUUUAUCAUUGAUUACUCAGAAAUUCUCCAAUUAUGAUCUUCCUAAUAUAGUUAUGGUAAAUGUAUAUCCCAAUCUGUUAGAAUAACACUCUUGUAUUUAAUUAAUUACUAUUAAGUUAAUUAUAUCAUUAUACCCAAAUUUGAUCCACAAUAUGUUAAUAUAUAAACAGAUGGAUCUCUUGAUUUAUUAGUCAAAUAUUUAAAUGGACUUUCAAUAUUAAUAAAUAAACAAAAAAAUUAAGAUAUUAGAACAGCUAUAAGAGCUAAACCUAUAGAAAAUAUGAAAAAAAGAAUAGAUAAUCUUCGUAAUAAAAUGCAUGAAUAUUUGUGA